AGCAGCAUUAAUAAACCUGUUGCGUGGAGCAGAUCGCUUUCAUGUCUGAAUUCGGCUAAAAAAGCUGUCUCUUAAAUUUCUUCCUACAAAAGAUUUGCUUUUAGCUUUUUCCCACAACUACACAAGUCAGAGCACAGCAUUCCACCCCCACACCCAACCUCUCUCUCUCUCUCUUUCUCUAGAUUGCAAAGAAUUUUCUGUAGAUCCUCAUAUCUUUGGUCUAGGUCUACGCAUCUUCUUUUCUUCUAAGCUGUCACCAUUAUUCUAGAGAGAGAGAGUGGUUUAUGAGCAAUGGAGGUAGGGAGGAGAAUUCGGAGAGAAAUGAGUCCGGAGAGGGCUAAAAUGUGUGGUCCAACAAGAGUGAUAAAGCCCACUUUCAAGAAAGUUCAAGUUGUUUACUAUCUCUCUACAAACGGCCAUCUUCACCACCCACAUUAUAUCGAAGUUUCUCAUCUUGCUCACCAACACCUUCGGUUGAAAGAUGUUUUGGACCGCCUCAAAGUCCUGAGAGGUAAAGGCAUGCCUUCCCUUUACUCCUGGUCCUGCAAGAGGAGCUUCAAGAAUGGGUAUGUGUGGAAUGAUUUAGGACAUAAUGAUGUCAUUUAUCCAUCAGAAGGAGGUGAAUAUGUACUCAAAGGAUCUGAAUUACUUGUCGACUGCACCGAGAAGCUGCAGCAGCUACAAUUCGGCAAUGUCCAACAAUUCCAACACCAGGAAUCCAAUUUAUACCCUUCGAAACGCGGAAUCUCAGCGGCAGCGUCGAAGCAGCAGAUGGAGGAGCAAGAAAUGAUGAACGUCGACGAAGAGGAAUACGAGGAGAAGGCGACGUGUUCGAGAGGCGUCUCCACGGACGAGAUCGAACAAGAUAGCAAACACAAGCACAAGAACAGCCCCCACACGGAGCUGAACAUGGACACCAACUCCCUCUCGUCGCCGCCGUCCACGACCUCCUCCACGCCCUCCGACAACCCCAACAACGAGGGCUCGAAGAGGUUCGAGGACGUCGGGAACGAGCCCAUGCUCAGCAGAAACUCCAUGCUCUUCAACCUCAUCGCCUGCGGGGGCUCGGCCUCCUUCAGAAAGGCCGCCGCUCCCCCGCCGCCGCCGCCGUGCACGGCUGGCAGAAAGAGCUGCAGCCUGCAUAAGGGGGUGGUGUGCAAGGCGGCCAAGAUGGCCACGGAGGAGGAGCGCCUCAUGAUCAGCUACAUGUCGGAGAAUCCCAGGUUCGGCAACUCACAGGCGGAGGACAAGGAGUACUUCAGUGGCAGCAUUGUCGACUCUAUUACAAAUGAUUCUGCUGCUAAUCAACCUGUGCUCAACAAAUCAUCUUCCUACAAUCAAGACAGGUGCGCCAAGGCAGGGCUGGGAGGAGAAGAAGCAGAGGAACAAGUGAAGAAGGAGAAGGGACUGCUGAGGGGGAAAUGCAUUCCAAGAAAAAAGAAGUCAUCUUCCAAACACCCCAAAAAUUGACCAUUAAUUAUUGUCGUUGGGUUUUAUGAUGAGUUUUAAUGUAGAAGUUAUGAAGUUGAUGACUAAGUGGUUGGGUUUUUAUCUAUGGACAUAAACUUGUAGUUGUAUAUGAUCUUAUUUAAGGAUUUGUGCUCAGGUUUAUUUCUUUGCUAGCUAUAUAUAAAUCUGAUUCGUACGUAUAUAUAUGUAGCAUUUUU